UGUAAUUUUCAGUUUUUCCGAGAUUUUCCCGAAUUCGCGACUCUUCAGCCAUCUCGUUCUAUUUUAGGACGAAUGAGUGAUAAGAGAUUCAUAAAAUUGUUCUUCUGCAAUCAUUACUGAUGUUUUUUGUCAUGGAACUCAUGAAUACGGUAUGACAACCGUUUUAUGAAUAGUGCAAAGGUUCCGUUUCUGUGAUUGAUAGAAGUUUAGUAAUAUGCAAUGGAUAGGCAAGAGUUGGAAAGGGCGAUGGCUGUGCUUGAUGUUGGUGCUGUUAUUGUGCCCCUUUAUCAUAGCCCAGAAGAUCGGUGACCCAUAUAAAAUAUUGGGCAUACAUCGCAGGGCUAGCUUAUCCGAAAUUCGUAAAGCAUAUAGACAGCUCGCUAAAGAAUGGCAUCCAGAUAAAAACGAAGAUCCAAAUGCAGAAUCCCGCUUUGUGGAGAUCAAGCAAGCUUAUGAAUUACUAUCAGACACCGAACGAAGACAAGCAUAUGAUCUCUACGGCAUAACUAAUGAAGAUGAUCACAUGUAUAAGCAGAGGCAUGAUUAUAGCCAGUAUGCACGAUUUAGCAAUGAUCCAUUUGAUUUCUUCAGUGCACACUUCAGAACACAGGAUCAAGAUAUAACACUAUUCCACAAGUUGUCUGUUACUACCAGGCAUUUCGAGAACAACAUCCUAGAGAAGAGCGUCCACACACCGGCUCUGGUGCUUUUCUACACCGACUGGUGUUUCGACUGUGUGCGAUCGGCCUCAUCGUGGAGGAAACUGGUGGAGGCUCUGCAACCGCUGGGCGUCACCCUGGCCACGGUCCAUGCGGGGCACGAGGCGAGCCUGGCGAGGAGGAUUGGUGUCCACGGUGUGCCGUGCUUGACAUUUGUGCUGGAUAAACAGAUCUAUAUAUACAAGGAGAGUCUGGCCUCGCUGCCCAAAGUUUUGGAGUAUAUCCGAUGGAAGUUCCCAUACAAAAUGAUACAGAACCUGGACGACAGCAACGCUAACGCUUUCUUGAACGACUUUGAAGAUAACAAGGUGAAAGCGCUGAUAUUCGAGGAGAGGCAGGUGAUACGGCUGAGGUACCUCAUCACCGCAUUCCAUUACAGGGAUUGGGUUUCCUUCGCUUUCGUGGACAUAUCCUCCCGUGACACUCAGAACCUCACAGCCCGGUACAAAGUCCAAAGGAGCAUGGACACGAUGGUGCUGCUGAAAGAGGACUCGCCGGAGCCAGUGGCCACCGUCAGCACCACUGAGAUACCCACGCAGACGCUGACGCAGCUGAUCGAAGCCAAUCAGAUGCUGACACUGCCUCGGUUGUCUUCUCAGAGCGUGCUGGACGCGGUGUGCCCGGUGGAGUGGCGCGCGGCGCGGCGGCGCGUGUGCUGCGUGCUGCUUGACGGACCAGGCAUAGACAUAUCGUCACUGGAGCACCGCAUCGUGGUGAUCUGGCGGCGCGAAGCGAGCCGCGUUCAGUUCGAGUGGCUCAACGAGACCUGGCCCACGUGCCAGCACUGCUCUGACGACAUGGAGGAGACCCCGGAGUACCAUGAGCGGCUCAACGAGACCAAGAGGGCCCUGGAACAGCUGGUGAAGAGACUCCUGAAGCCGAAUGAAGUGGUCGCGUAUGAAGCUCAUGUGCAGGAAUUGCUCGAUGAAGCGGCAAAAAGUGCAAUAUGGCGGGCGUUCCUCAAACUAGCGGAGUGGAGCGAGAGGGCGAUACUCGCGUUGCGCACGCAGCAUGCCAUCUCGCUCAUAUCCGUUGUUGCCACCGUGGCGUUGGUGCUCGCUGUGGGCUACCUGAUGGCUUAUCUCAUACGCGUAGAAGAAGAGUCGAUCCAGCGGCAGAAGCAAGAGCGUCGCCACCAGAACGGGAGCAAGCCGAGCGAGCCACAACCGGAGAUGAGACUGCAUGAACUGAGAGCCGAGAAGUACAAUGGACUUGUUAGAUUGCAAAAGCCGGGGUGCAGGACGAUUGUUCUCUUAGUGGACAUGCAAAGUCGAGUGCAGUUGCUGUCUAAAUUCCAUAAGAUAGUGUGGCCGUAUCGCAAGAACAAGACGCUGGUGUUCGCGUACCUGUGCGUGGAGCGCGGCGUGGAGUGGUUCCGGCGCGUGCUCGAGCUGUCGCUGGGCGGCGCCUCGCUGCGGGUCAACGGGCGCAACUGCGUCGGCACCGUGCUGGCGCUCAACCCGCACCGCAAGUACUUCUGCAUCUACCACGCGAAGCACCCGGAGUGCGCCAAGCCGCACAAGCGCAUGAGCCGCAUGACGCGGUCGCUGGGCGGCGGCGCGCUGGACCCGGAAGCGGGCGCCUUCAUCGGCUUCACCACGGAGCCCGAGUCCGACGAGGAGCCCUACGAGCCGCCCGUGCUGCUGCAGGAAAACCUCCUCGAUGGCUUGGAGAAUUGGCUCGAUCGACUGUUUGAAGGCAGCACGCACCGGUACUACGUCAACUACUGGCCGGACAUGACGACAAAGUGAAGUGGCAAUGGCGUGUCUUUGGUUUUUUAUGUCAGGUGAUUCUUUGUUUAAUUCACCCCGAGGCUAAGGGUUUUUGGCGUACAGCCAAGUUUUGACAGUUUUCUUUGCUGAUAGUUUGGAAUGUAUUUUUUAUUAUUAUUGUUCAUGCAAGGGGUGUCUAUAUAUGGUAUUACAUAUUUUUUAAUGUAUAGCAAGAAUUAUUUAAGGUGAUUUUUCAUGUGGGCUGUAUUACAACUUUGGCGGUUGUUUUUUGGUUUAAACAUGUGUUAUUUGGGUAGUAAAAUAUUAAAAAUUCAAUUUUCCUGUAUUUUUUAUGCUUUUCUUUAAAGGUUUAAUUGAUUGAUUUGAAUAUGGGAAAGUUAGGUAAUCAUAAAAUAGUAUUAAUCUAUACGGAAUGUAUUUUGGUCAGGGUCAAAAAGUACGUAUUGGGCGUUUUGCGUUGUAUUAAAAAGUAUUUGAUUUUGGAUUUUAUUAUCUCUAUAAAAAUCUUUUUACACUUCCUUGAUAAUCUACAUAUAUCUACAUUAUACUAUAUUACUACAGAAUGGUUAUUAGUCUGUCUACUGCCCAAGAUUUCGACCAGUUAGGUGAUAGGCGCGUUGGUGCAAAAGUAUAGUUAUGAUAACUAUAGAGAAGGGAAUACUGGAGGAAUGUUUAUUGUCUCUGCCUGCCCCAAUAUUUAAGGUGUCUCUUUAAAAGAACUGGCAACGCAAUUGACAAAUUUAAGAUUUUCGAAUAUAGAAAAAAUUUCAUUAUUUUCGUGAAACUCUAUUUGUAAUAAAGUGCACGAAAACAUCAGAAAUAUGAAGGCAAUCUUUUAAUAUAAUUGUACUUAUUUAUAAAAUAAUUCGUUGUUUUAAUAUAUUAUUUUACAAACUU